UUAGUUAGCAAAUAUAGUGCAUAAAUGUUAAAUUUUUUCUUUUUCAAGACUUCGAUUGGAAAUCGGAGAGCUUUGAUAAAAGCUGCUGCAUUUAACAGGACAAUUACCCAAGCUAGGAGAUAUGCUUCAAAAGGGAAGCCAUAUAAACCAGGACGACCAAAAACUGUGGCGGAACUAGAAAAAAUGAUGGCGCCUGAUGAACCUCCAAGAAAGCGUGGGCAGAAAAGAGAGAGACUGUUCAAAAUGAAGUAUCGUUUCCUUGAAGCGCCAAUUCCUUAUACGCCAGUAGCGAAGCAAUCCUCUUCACCUGGUAAAAAAUCAGCAUCACCUGGUAAAACAUCAGCAAAGAAACGCUCAACAAAAGCAAAGAAGAAUAAGGAAACCAGCGACACCGAAGAGAAGAAUAAAGAAACCAGCGACACCGAAGAGAAGAAUACAGAAACCAGCGACAACGAAGAGAAGAAUAAAGAAACAAGCAACACCGAAGAGAAGAAUAAAGAAACAAGCGACACCAAAGAGAAGAAUAAAAAAACCAGCAACACCAAAGAGAAGAAUAAAGAAACCAGCAACACCAAAAAGAAGAAUAAAUAAACCAGCGACACCGAAGAGGAGUCGCCAAAAAAUUGAAGAAAGGAAAAAGAUGAAAACUUGAGCUGUGUAUGUCAAUAAUUGUUUUAUGUAUUUUGUAAAGCAGAAUUUGAUAAAUGAAUUUUUUUGGUAAA